UUAUGUAACGAAUUAAAACUUGGUACAGGCAAUAGUAUUGUAUUUAUAUAUUCAUAGUUUUUGUAUAAAACAAAUGAUAAAAAAAAAAAAAACUUGAUUGAUGGAUAUAAAAUUUAUUUAGUUACAAUUAUUUUUAUAAACUUGGUGAAUGCUUUUUGUUGUUGAUUAGUUAUUAUUUGAUUAUAAUUUUCAUUAAAAUGAAAGAAAUGAGAAAAUUAUUAUGUACAAGAGAUCAAGUGAACUUAAAAUGUGUUCUUCUUGGUGGACAGUGUUUCAGAUGGAAAGAAACUGCUCCGGAUGAGUAUUCAGGAGUAUUUGCUGGCGGAUUUUGGUUACUACAACAAAAUGAUGAUCACAUUGCUUACAAACGACUUCCAUCAACAAACUCUGAUGAAGAAAGUUUGUGUAACUAUCUCAGAAUGGAUGAGCCAUUGGAUUUAUAUUAUAAAGAAUGGAGCUUAUGUGAUCCUAUUUUUAAAAAAUCAGCUGAACGAUUUAAAGGAAUCAGAAUGCUUAAACAAGAACCAGUUGAAAAUAUACUAUCAUUUAUUUGUUCAUCCAAUAAUAAUAUUACGAGGAUUUCAUCUAUGGUUGAAAAAAUGUGCACUUUAUACGGUAAAAAAAUUGAUGGAACAAAUUAUUAUUCAUUCCCAACUAUUGAAACAUUAAUCGGAGAAAAAAUUGAAGAAGAUUUAAAAAUUGCAAAAUUUGGGUAUAGGGCAAAGUUUAUUCGACAAACAGCUGAAAAAAUGUUUGAAUUAGGUAGUGACAAAUGGAUUGAAAAACUAAAAAAUAUGGACUAUGAUAGUGCUAAGAAAGAACUUAUGCUGCUACCUGGAGUUGGUCCAAAGGUUGCAGACUGUAUUUGUUUAAUGUCCCUUGAUCACUUAGAAGCUGUUCCUGUAGAUACUCACGUGUUUCAAAUUGCUCGUGAUAACUAUUUACCACAUUUGAAAAAAUACAAAACAGUUACCCAACAAGUUUAUAAAGAAAUAGGAGACUGCUUUAGAAAUAUAUUUAAAAAAAAUGCUGGUUGGGCUCAUACAGUUUUAUUCUUGGAUGAUUUGAAAAGCUUUAAGACAGUGGAAACAAAAAUUGAUAAAUUGGAUGGAAAACCCAAUGCAAAGAGGAUGAAAAAGUUUUGAUUUCAAUUCCAUUUAAAAAUCAUUUAAUUUUUUAUACUUUGGACACUUGUUUUGUAAUUUUCAAUC